AUGACACAGUCUGUUCCAACUCCUUCGCAAGCGCUGGGUCUCGACCCUGCUCGGUCGGGGCUCUUUCGCAGGCGACAAGAUGGAUCAAGCAGGCCACCCACACCUCCGGCAGCUUCACCUAGCGACGCUCGCGUCAUGGCCAGCCGGAGUCUGACAGCUCAAUCGUCUGCAUCUCUACAACCGCUCGAGCCGAGCAAGAAGCUGUCGGUGCUCGUCGUGGAUGACAAUGCACUCAACCGAGCCAUCCUCAUGAAAUUGCUCCGCACCCACUUUACGCACCUUCUCGAGGACUUGUCUUCUGCUUGCGAUUCGGCAGAGGCCUUGUCGACCCUUAAAGGCGGUCAAGCCAUCGAUCUGGUUCUACUCGACAUCAAUUUGGGCGUGGACAGUUUGACCGGCGUGGAGAUUUGUCGCCUGCUGAGGCGAGGAUUCUCCCCAGUCGAGGUUCCGGCGUCAGACAACGCCGAUGUGAGCGCUCAGGCUCGUCUGGACGCAGUGCUGAAGGCCAACAAGAAUCAAUUCACACAAGUCAUCGCGGUCACUACAGACGUGUCAGACACACAGAUAUCGACUUAUCAAAACGCGGGCUUCGAUGGCUGUUUGGCCAAACCUCUGCGCUUGCCCUCUCUCGGCAAACUACUCGACCUCGCGCUAGCCAGCCAUGAGCAACAGCAUGCUUUCACGGAGACCGAUCUCAGCGCUCCGCCCAUCAUGGCGUCUCUCUCGUUACCUUGCUUUCCGAGCUUCGCAUCGCGCAGCACAGUGCCGAUAUUCACCAACCCCUUCGGCACGUCGCUACCUAAGUCAAACACUCCGCCUACCGCCGUUGGGACGCCAGCCUCAACUACAGCAACGCCCAAGGCAGUGCAAGCGGAUGUCACGCCGGGUGCAAAGAUUGCCGCGAGCAUGAGCGAGCUCAGCUUGCAGGAGACUAAUUACUGCGCCGACGCGCGGAAGCUGCACUGCGCACAGUAUCCGUUCUUCUUUCUGGCAUCACAAAAACCCUCGCGGCCGGGCGCUUAUGCGCGCGCACUGGGUCAGCCAGAGCUUGCUGCCAAUCCAGAUCCUUCGCCGCAUGCUGGAGGCACAACAGGAUCGACCGAGGCCGUCGUACCGGCCCGCUCCAUCCGCACGUUGCCCGAUUAUGACAUCGCCGCGACGACGCCGGACAGUGACGCAGAAAACCCGCUCGAGCGGUCUCGCGCACAAGAUGCUCGACGGAGCUCUGACGCGACUGGACUCACCCGCACACAUCGGAUUGUAUCUCUGCCCACAUCAGUGCGACCGGCACCGGUGCAGAGCAGCUCAGCCACGACCAUCUGCGCGUCGAGCUUGAGCAAUGCAGCCAUAGAGACAGCUGCGACGGCCAUCACGAGUCCCGGUCGUCGUAGGAUCUCGACAACGGACAGCUCCAUCUUUGCAGACGCAGCCCAAUUCUCCCAGGGCGCCUGUUCACCUGGAUCUGAGCCUUUCACCUCGAACGGGCUGCAACGCACAGAAUCUGCGCUCUCCUGGCUCUCUUCGCCCUUCUCGCCCGCCCGGCCCCAACUGGGCGAUCGAUCCUAUUCUUCAGAUGCUUCCUCAUGCUCCUCUGUGUCGACGACCGCCACAUCAGAGGGCGUGGAUGCUCACUCGAUCGCUGCCUUCACUUCCAUUACGGACGAGAUCAGAUCCAACAUCAAGACGAGCGAGAAAGAAAACACACUUGCAUCCGGUCCAAGCCGACCGCAGUCCAUGCUCGCCUCGCCCCCCGGUUCAAUGCCUGGCGGUGGACGGCGACCCACUUUGGCCGAUCUACGCAAUUACCAGAGCGUGCUCGGUGAAGACGAUGAAAUGCUGGGCGAAGUCCUCCAGCCUGCGGUAUCGUAA